AUGAAAGAUGGCAUCAGGUGCAUAGAAAAGGAGAAAGAAGCUCUUCUCAAGUUCAAAGAUGAGCUUAUUGAUGAAUAUAUCGCUCUCUCUUCUUGGGGGAAUGAAAAAUAUAAGAAGGAUUGUUGCAAAUGGAGUGGUGUCAGUUGUGACUAUCAAACUAAUCAUAUUGUUGAGUUGGAUCUUCGUAGUAUGCAGCUAAGAGGUAACAUUAGCGUCUCAUUGCUUGGAAUACAACAUUUGAAAUAUCUAGACCUUGGUGAAAAUGAUUUCAAUUAUAGUAGAAUUCCACAAUUCAUAGGUUCCUUGGGUAGAUUACAGUAUGUUGAUCUCUCUUAUUCUAAUUUUCGUGGAGAAAUUCCACAUAAUCUUGGCAACCUUUCUGAAUUGAAUUCUCUUUAUCUUGGCUCAUCUGAAGAUGGUUCACUAACUAGCACAAAUCUUGAUUGGCUUUCUCGACUUCAUUCAUUAAGUGACCUGUCCAUGAGCUAUGUUAACCUCACAAUGGCAACCAAUUGUAGCCUUACUUUCCUUAACCUCGCUUUCAACAAAUUACAAGGCGAGAUUCCAAUAUCCUUGGGGAAUAUGAGUAGAUUAACUUCUUUAUAUUUAUAUGGUAACCAACUCACAGGGGAAGUGCCUUGUCCUGCAUUAUCUUCCUCGUUAACAGGCUUAGAUUUUUCUGAUAACAUGUUCAAUGGUACCAUUCCCCAAUGCAUAGGAAGCCUUUCUAAACUCAAAUCUUUGGACCUUAGUUUAAACAACUUUGAAGGCAUAAUCACUGAAUCCCAUUUCUUUAACCUUUCCCAAUUACAAUCGUUGCACUUGUCUUCCAACCCAGGUAUCUCGUUUAAUAUCAGUUUAGGAUGGAAUCCUCCUGUUCAACUGACAUAUGUAAAUUUAGCAGGUUGCAAUGUGGGUCCACAUUUCCCCACAUGGAUUAGAACACAAACGAGAUUAAAGGCUCUUGAUAUCUCUAAUGCUGAAAUUUCAGACACCUUCCCUGAUUGGUUUUGGGAGUCAAGUCCAAAAUUAUCAUAUUUAAAUGUAUCAUAUAACAAUUUUCAUGGUGUCCUUCCUGAUUUGUUGUCGAAGUUCACCCUUUUCUAUUUUGUAGAUUUGAGCUUUAAUCAUUUUAAUGGUUCAUUACCAAUUUUCCCUCCGAACGGAUCUGUAGUGGAUUUAUCAAGUAACGAAUUUUCUGGGUCAAUUGCCAAUUUAUGCAAUGAAACUAGUUGUUAUUGGGGAUAUCUUGACCUCUCGAAUAACUUACUCUCUGGACAGCUUCCGGAUUGUUUUGGAAACCUGCAAAAUUUGGAUUAUCUUAAUCUGGCGCAUAAUAAUUUCUCUGGAAAGAUCCCUUCACUAAAUGUCACCUCAUCAUUGCACUUACAAAACAACAGUUUCAUUGGAGAAAUUCCAACAUCGUUGAGGAAUUGUACUUUCUUGACUUUUAUUGAUCUUUCCCAAAAUAAGUUGACUGGUAAUAUACCUACAUGGGUGGGAGAUACUUGGACUUAUUUGGUCUUUUUGAGUCUCAAGUCCAAUGAGUUCUUUGGUAGUAUUCCUUCCAAUUUGUGGCGUCUUGCAGACUUACAAGUGUUGGACCUCUCUUUAAACAAGAUUUUUGGUGGUAUACCAAAAUGCUUAAACAACCUCACCGCUAUGAUUCAAGUGGAUUCUAAGUUUGAUAUGGCAUUUCUACUUCAACACAAAGGAGGAUUUCAGAGUGCAUUUGUGACGUUCCUGCGGAAAUUACCAGUCUUAAACCACUUCUCUGGUGGUAUUCCUACUGGUGUUUCUCAAUUGGAUCAACUUGGAGUGUUAGAUUUGUCAUACAAUAACUUGUCGGGCAAAAUUCCGCAAAGCAUUCAUUUGCAAACUUUCAAUACUUCGGCAUUUGAGGGAAACCUUGGACUUUGUGGCCUUCCACUUACAAAAGCUUGUCCGGAAGAUGAAAUUGCUUGUGUUCCAAAGAUCGAUCAUAACGUUGAUUGGAUGAAAAACCAAGAGGAGGAUAAUCUAAUCAAUGAUGGAUUUUACUUUAGUAUGGCAGUUGGAUUCGUUUUUGGAUUUUGUGGGGUAUGUGGAACUUUCGUGCUCAAUCACUCAUAG